AUGGCGCCCUCCCGGUCACCGACACAAGGCCAGGCUGGCAAGGACGGCUCAAGGCAGAGGGGACAGCAGUCAAAAGUGGAAAAGUUGUCCCGAUUACCCAAAGGCAAGCCAAAUCUGCUAUCCCCCAGCCCUUGCUCCAAGAUACGGAAACGGGCACUCGCCCGGCCACAGCAGCCCGUCUCGCCAAAGUCAAAGUACAUCUGCGUCGGCGCGAAAUGCUCCUUCAUGUCGGUCGUGUCGCGCGUCCGCGCGCAGCUCGACAAGUCCCUCAAGCACAACGCGCCGUCGACACGGGGCCUGAACCUGAACCAGCGAAUCGACCUGCUGCACCGCGACAACGGGACCAGGGGGGGCGACGGCGAGGCGGUGGUCCUCGGCGCGGGCAAGGCCGUCGAGAAGGUCCUGGCCGUUGCGGCGUGGUUUACGGACCAGAGCGACUGCGUGGUCGAGGUGCGGACCAAGACCUUACGAGUGGUGGACGAUGUCGUCGUCGAGGGCGAGGAGGGGUUCGAGGACGAGAGCCGCGUGAGGAAGUUGAGCGGUCUCGAGGCUACUGUGCGGCUGAAGUGA